AAUCUUUAAUAAAUCAUCUUUUCAAUAACGGCAAAGUCAUACAUGAACAUGCAGGCUUAAUUCAUAUGAUGGGAUCCUCAAGUAGUACAUAUGAAAUAUUCAAGUCCCCCAUCCCUAGUAAACUUUUCAUUACUGAGCUAAUGUGUGGUUUUGGAUAGCCCAUGGGCUCAGGUGAGCUAUGUUGCCCGUAGGCUUCUUGUUUCACAAUCUAAAUGACAACCCUCUUAAAGAUAUAUUAAAGUUGCAAAAAGAUUGCUUUUGUAAUAAAUAUCCAUUUAUUUAUUACUAUAGAAGAAACCAGAAACGGAGAGUGACGAGUCUUUUUAUAACAAAUUAGAGAAGUGUUUACCCGAGGAGCACACACUGAAAGGUCUUAUUUCGCACGCACGUUACUAUGAAGUAGAAUGUCCAUAGGAAGGUUUGAAUGAACACCAAGGAGAAAUGAUAGAAAAUGUCAGAAAAUGUAUUGUUCGUGCUGCACGAAGCCUCUCUCAUUGGGGUGAAAAAAUACCAUUAAAAUGGACAAUGUUUGAGCAGUUAAUUAGAGAGAAAAAGGAGAAGGGGAUGACAAUUCUAAGCAGAAAUAAACUUUUAAAAAUGAAGGAAUUUAAACCAUUAAACGUAAAGGAAGUGGACGAUAUGCUAAGAUAUUUCAAAGAGAUAGGUCUAAUUAUUUAUUUUGCAGAAGAAUUUCUAAAAGAAAAUGCUAUCAAUGACGUUCAGUGGUUUGUAGAUGCAUUCAAAAAUAUUAUAACUGAUCCAACUCAUGCUGAACCUUUUUGCGAAAGGGUCAAGGAAUGGAAGAUAUUCAUGGAAACUGGCAAGAUAUCUGAUUUUACACUUGUCAAGAUAUGGGGAGAAAAUUCUUCGUAUGUUUCUCAGAAAGACAUCAUUGCACCCUACAUGGAAAAACUUAGCUAUAGUACGAACAGAGGAAGCUGCUGAAAAGGAAAUUGGACCUGUUUACUUCAUUCCUAGCAUUAAUAAAACUGAAUUCACCAAAGAAUGUAUGGCGAUAACGGAAAAUGUCAACAAAACUCCCAUAUUAAUAUUUUCUUUCAAAACUUACAUCCCUCAUUUCUUUUUCUUUAGACUUGUAGCUUUAUGCUUCUCUGUUUGGGAACCAUUACGUGAUGACCUACUCUGCAAAAACAUUGCAUUUUACAAAGAUAAAGGUGGUGACCGAAACAUUGCUAUUGCAGUAAACAAAACCUCUAUUCAGUUACAAGUGCUUACACCGGAUAAAGCAAUCCAGCUGACAAAAGACAAAAUUAAACAGAUCAGAUCAAAGAGUGAGAGGAUGAUGAAUGACAUAACAUCCACAUUCCAUCAACAAGUUCUCUUUGAAGUCGGAUACACGUGUAAAGAUAUAAAUAUCACUGAGGAGGAUGAAGAUUUCUUUUUAAGUGAGAAAACAGUGGCAGAACUGACAACCAACAAAAGAAUUUGCCCCCAUCAUGUACCCCCAACGAAGCAUGAGAAACACGACAUAGUUCGUGACAAUUUGUUGUAUUAUUGGUACACGGGCACUGAAUAACGUACUAGAAGCAGCGUUCAUUGUUUCAAAGCAAUUUUAGCAUCUCCAGAAAUCAAGAAAGUGGAUUACUCUGAACAUUUUGCGCAACAACCUAUUAUUUUUCCAUACUUAUUAUUGACUAAUGAUAGUGUAUGUACAUAAAUUUUAACUUGUGUAGUCACGAAAAGAUUGAAAAAAAUUUACUA